AUCGACUCGAGUCGAUGUCGAUCGUGAGCCUAACACGCAAAACACUAUCUAUUAAUUUCCAGCUAAUAUUCCAACAUAUAAUAUUAUAAUAUUAUUAUCCCCAACAUGUCAUGGACUUUAUUUUUAGCCUGUUCAAAUCUCACAAAUUUAAAGCUUCCACGCUGUGUUAGUUGUUGUCUGAAUACUAUUUUUUCUAUAAAUAUAUAUAAAAACACGCAAUUUUGUAUCCCACACGAACGCUACGCUCUUUUAACGCCCACCUUUUUUGUUUUCUUCGUGUCUAUUUAACAACACCCUCGUCAAACCAAGUCUAUAAAUAUUUAGAGACAUUUGCAACAAACCUUAAUAGCUCCAUCUCAAGGCUUGUGUGUAUCAACGUAGACAGACAGUGAUCCGGGUGAGAACAGUUUCCGUAAAACGUAAAAAUGGUGUGUAUGGUUUCUCGGACGGGAAGGCAUUUACAGAAAUACAGCAAAGGCCGGCGUCUUGUUGUUGGAUGUAUUCCGUACAGAUAUAAAAAUGGGGAUCAUGACAUUUAUGAUGAUGAUUAUGAGUUGAUAGAAGUGCUUGUGGUGAGUUCACAGAAAGGAGAAAGAAUGAUGUUCCCCAAGGGAGGUUGGGAGCUUGAUGAAUCCGUAGAAGAAGCAGCAUCUAGGGAAUCCCUUGAAGAAGCUGGGGUUCUUGGGCAUGUCCAACAUGGAUUAGGGACAUGGAGUUACAAAAGCAAAAGCCGUGAAAUUUAUCAUGAGGGUUAUAUGUUCCCUUUACUUGUCACAGAACAACUCGAUCUUUGGCCUGAGAAGAACUCGCGGCAAAGAGUUUGGAUGACCGUCGAAGAAGCUAAAAAAGUUUGCGACGCUUCUUGGAUGAAGGAAGCCCUGGAUAAAUUAGUUGACAGACUGAGUGAAUCUCGGAAGCAAGAAGAAGACGUUUCACCUUAUUUCCUCAGUUGAUUAAAAUGGAUGCUCCAAGUCUUCGCAAUUUUGUACAUAUAUAUGAGACCGAUGGGAGUACUUUUAGUAUACGUGGUGCCAGACAUACAGCCAGACAUACAAGGGAUUUUUGUCAGAAAAUGCUUCAUGCACAGAAUUGGGUACAAAAUCUUUCACAAAAUGACAUGUGUUAAGUUUUGAUUAGAAUGAGCCCACAUGAAUAGCACUACUCUUCUUUGUCAAUCCACGAGGUCUGCAUAAUAUCGGAUGAUCAUCAAAUGGCUGCAUGUAAUUGGACGAUCAGAAUCUGGUACCUGUAUAUAUCUGAAUGUAUUCCGUUAAUGGCUUUCAAGAAAUGAAAAACGUGUCGAUUGCAAUAUGUUUCUAAUUCGAUAUAUAUAAUUUUUGUUUCAAUGCA